GAGGAGUGCCACCACAGGCAGCCGUACAAGCCCCCGGCCAACAAAUGGGGGCGAUGACCCGAGAAGAGAUGCAGAGGAUAGCGGCGGCCGCGGCGGCGCAGGCAGUGCAGCCAGUCGCGUUUCAUACAUCUCAUGCCUCCACUGCGCCGACCACGGUGGCCGGGAGCCAGGAUGAGGAUGUGUCUAGUUAUGGAGAAGGAGGAGCUGGAAGAGAUCGGGCAAUGGAGAGGAUGGCGGAGCAGUUGCGCCAACUGAAAGACAAGGUGGAGGGGAGGCCAGAGAGGAGAGCUCGAGGACAUCCCUUUUCAAGGGAGAUUCUCGCUGCUCCUUUGCCAAAUAAUUUCAAAGAGACCAACUUGGUGUAUGAUGGGUCAUCUGACCCAUCGAGGCAUGUGAGGACCUUUGAAAAUAUGGCUGUGUUGCAUGGGUACUCUGAUUCU